AUUAUUAUUAUUUUUUAAGCAGCGAGUAAUUACUUCAACCCCAUGCCCCCACUUCUUGACUCCCCCUUCCUCCUCUCUCAUCAGUUUCUUCCCUUAACAAAGCUGUUCGACCUUUAUUUCUCUUUUUGCGUCUCACUUUAAGCUCCCCAGUUCUCUUACUUCUUGAUUUACAGUGUCUGUGUGAGAGAGUUUUGAAAAGUGUUCGGCUUUUAACAUCCUUCGUUACUGUGAGUUAUUACUUUUACCUAUCUCGCUCCUACCUUGUUCCUACCUUGUUACUUUGAGAGAGAGAGAGAGAGAGAGAGAGAGAGAGAGAGAGAGAGAGGUGGUUGUCAUUCAAGUCUGAACUCGUGGGGUUUGAGAACUGCGUUGCUCCUAGCUGGCAUCAAUUCAAACUUGUGGUUUGAAUUUUUGGUGGUCUUCGAGAGUUGGCGUUGGCUUGGAAGAUGCUUGAUGUUUAAGGUUUAUGAGUAAUGGGUUGGUGAGAUUGUGGACCUGUUCCAGUUCUUUAUCUUCAAUAUCAAGUUCUUUCUUGUGAUUUUUGUUUGGUAAGCUGUAAAAAUAGCUUGCAUUUUUGUCCUUUUCUUUUAAGUUCCUAGCCUUUUAGAUUUCGACUCUUUUCUUCCCUUGCCUUCUUUCUUUCUUUCUUAAGAUUCCUGGGGUUUCCUUUGAUUUUGUUGCGUCAGUUCAUCUUUCAUUUUUCUAACAUAUCUACUUAGUUUUACUAGCACCUUUUCCCUUAACUUCGAAAUUUCUUUGAAUCUGAGUGUUAUCUCCUUUGUAUGUUUUGCAAAUAUAGAUCUCGGAUCCUGGCAUGUGAUCUUGAAUGUGCUUUUAUGGUUCUUCUGGUGCUCCAUUCGUGACAAUGGGUCUAUUGUUUUGGAGCUUUGCUUAGCUUCUUCGACAGCAUCUUUCAUGUUCACAAUGUCACUACAUUUUAAAGAGCUUUCAAAGUGUUCUAUAUUAAUUCUCCUUCGAGAUUUUAAGACAAACAUCCUGUAGAGAGGAUCCUUUCUUACUGCUCAUAGAGUGCAUGUUGGCGAAGUUUUUGCCCUUGGACUGAACUGUGAAGAAGGUAGGAGGCAUCUAAAUAUUGCAAUCGAUUGAAUAUUGGGUUUCAGAUUUGAUUAAGAGUUAAGACAGACUUUUGAGGGUAGUAAAUGCAUGGAUCGAAGGGAUGCUAUGGCGUUGUCUGGCUCUGCUUCCUUCUACAUGCAUAGAGGGAUGGCUGGUUCGGGGACUGGAACACAGUCUGGUUUAAAUGUAUCAUCAGGAAUAAAUCCUUUAACUAGUUCAAGUGUACCAUUUCAAUCUAAUGUUGGAGCCAAUACAAUUGGAUCUACGUUGCCUAUAGAAACUUCAACAGCAAUUCCACCUCACGGUGUAAAUGUGGGUGCACCAUCUGCGAUGCCACCAUCUAGUGAGCCUGUGAAAAGGAAAAGAGGAAGACCAAGGAAAUAUGGACCAGAUGGGUCUGUAUCACUGGCAUUAUCUUCUUCAUUGUCUACACAUCCUGGUACUAUAACCCCAACUCAGAAGCGGGGUAGAGGGCGGCCUCCUGGGACUGGGAGGAAGCAACAAUUAGCUUCCCUUGGUGAAUGGCUAUCUGGUUCAGCAGGGAUGGGCUUUACUCCACAUAUCAUCACCAUUGCAGUAGGAGAAGACAUCGCAACAAAAAUAAUGUCUUUCUCACAGCAAGGACCAAGAGCUAUAUGCAUUUUGUCAGCAAAUGGCGCCGUCUCUACUGUGACUCUCCGUCAGCCAUCAACUUCUGGAGGCACUGUAACAUAUGAGGGGCGCUUUGAGAUUUUAUGUCUGUCGGGCUCUUACUUGGUCACUAACAAUGGCGGCUCUCGUAAUCGAACUGGUGGGCUAAGUGUCUCUCUUGCUAGUCCUGAUGGUCGGGUUAUUGGUGGAGGAAUUGGAGGGAUGCUUAUUGCUGCAAGCCCUGUUCAGGUGAUAGUGGGAAGUUUCAUAUGGGGUGGUUCAAAGACAAAGAACAAGAAAGGAGAAGGUCCAGAAGGUGCCAGAGACAUGGAUCAUCAGGCUGUUGAGAAUCCAGUAACUCCAACUAGUGUUCCGCCUGGUCAGAAUCUUACUCCAACCUCUUCAGUUGGUUUAUGGCCUGGUUCACAGUCUUUAGAUAUGCGCAACGCACAUGUCGACAUUGAUUUGAUGCGCGGUUGAUGAUUUCUGUUGAUUGCUUCGUGGGUAAAUGUAUAUAUUCCGCUGUUUUCAGCACUUGUCUCAUCUCCUGAAAUCCAGCGAUCAGGAUUGAAGUCUGCUGAUUCUGAGCGUGAAUUUCUCGCUUCAUUUAACCUUAACAGGCUAUGGUUGUACUCAUUUUGCAGCUUAAUGACAAUUAGCUUUAGUGCCUGUGAAUUUAGCCAUCAAUUUUUCUGAGGAAGAUGUUCCAUGACAAAAGUGGCCAGCCAUGGUCACGUCUAAUCUUCUCUCAAACUUUGGUAUUCAGUUGCUCUAAAUUGUCGUCGUUAGGGAGAGAUUAAGAACUGCAAGGUUUUAUUAUUAUUAUUAUUAUUAUUAUUCUAAUACUGAAGUUAACAUAUUUGAGUUUGCCAAA